AUCAUUGGAUCAGAAUUGAGCAUUAAAGCUACUUUUGAGGGACAUACCUUAAUCGGUACAAGUUACAAACAUCCAGUUACUAAAAUUCCAUAUAAAAUAGUAGAUGCUGAUUAUGUAACAACCGAUUCUGGAACUGUUCACAUAGCACCAGGACAUGGAAUUGAAGAUUAUGAGAUAUGUAAAAAAUUAAAUAUUUCAACAUUUUGUCCCGUUGAUGAUCUUGGAAGAUUUACCGCAGAAGUUGGUGAUCCUUCUUUUGAAGGAAAAGAUGUACUGAAAGAAGGAACUGAUGUUAUAAUUAAUUAUUUAAAAGAAAGCAAGUUGUUAGUGAAAGAACAUGAAAUUGUUCAUAAGUAUCCUUAUGAUUGGAGAACCAAAAAGCCUAUAAUUUUGAGAGCUACUCCACAAUGGUUCAUUAAUGUUGAAGCAUUCAAGCAAAAAGCCUUUGAAUCACUUGCAGAUAUCAGGAUCUUACCAGACAGCGCUCGAAAUCGUUUAGAAAUAUAUACAUUAUCGCGUAGCGAAUGGUGCAUAUCACGCCAACGUUCUUGGGCUGUUCCAAUACCUGUUAUAUAUGACGUUGAAACAAAUCUACCAUUAUUUACAGAGUCUUCUAUAGUUCAUAUAAUUGAGAUUGUAAAACAGUUUGGAUCUGAUGCAUGGUGGGAGAUUGAUGAAAAAGAGUUAGUAGCACCAGAGUAUAGGGACAAUGGUUUAAAAUAUCGACGAGGUAUGGAUACUAUGGAUGUAUGGUUUGAUAGUGGUGUAUCAUGGAAUUCCAAUGCUGUCGCUGAUUUAUAUCUUGAAGGAACUGACCAGCAUCGUGGAUGGUUCACAUCAUCUUUAUUAACUUCUAUCGCUGUUAAUGACACCGCGCCAUUUUCUACUGUUAUUACACAUGGAUUUGUUCUUGACGAACAAGGACGUAAAAUGUCUAAAUCUUUGGGAAACGUUGUUAAUCCUAAGACAAUAACAAAUGGUGGAAAGAAUCGAGAAAAAGAACCAGCCUACGGUGUAGAUAUUUUGAGACUUUGGGCCGCAUCCUCAGAUUAUACUAAAGAUGUUAGCAUUGGAAAAACUGUCAUGAGCCAAGUAGGUGAAAAUUUGAGAAAAUAUCGUAACACAGCUAGAUUUAUGCUGGGCAAUUUAAAUGAUUUUAAUCAUGAGCAACUAGUAGUAUAUGAUGAUUUGAAAUCAAUUGAUAAAUACAUGUUACAUGAAACUUAUCAAUUUGGAAAAGUUGUCGAAUCAAAUUACGAUGAUUUCUUAUUUAAUAAAGCACCAAUGAUUCCACAUCUGGCAGAAGAAAUAUACGAGAAUUAUAAGAGUAUUGAUCGUGAACAAUUUGAUAGUAUAUUUAAAUUAAGAUGGUAUAAUAUGAAUAAGAAAUGGGAUAACCAAGCGAUUCAAAAAGAGUGGAAUAUUUUGAAAUCAUUGAGAAAUGAAGUGAAUCAGCUAUUAGAGGUGGCUAGGAAGGAUAA